GUCUUGGACAGCGACGGGGCCAGCAUGGAGUACAAUAUCAGCAGUGGCAUUAUACGGAAUGUCACGACCGUGCUGCUACCGGAGGCGCGUCUUGGUGCGGAGGGGAGGCUGCUGGGUUGGAAUGUGCCGCCGCAUGAGCUGCGUCAUAUACCCGAACACUGGCUGACAUAUCCGGAACCGCCAGAGUCGAUGAAUUAUCUCUUGGGCACACUCUACAUAUUUUUCACUGUGCUCUCAGUUUUGGGCAACGGUUUGGUUAUUUGGGUCUUCUCGGCGGCCAAAUCGUUGAGAACACCCUCGAAUAUACUGGUCAUCAAUUUGGCGAUCUGUGAUUUCCUGAUGAUGUCCAAGACUCCAGUUUUUAUCUACAACAGCUUCAAUCAGGGCUAUGCAUUGGGCCAUCUCGGUUGCCAGAUAUACGGCAUCAUUGGCGCCUACACGGGAAUCGGAGCGAGUGCGACAAAUGCAUUCAUUGCCUACGAUCGCUACAAUGUCAUCACUCGACCCAUGGAGGGCAAGAUGACGCACGGGAAGGCGAUCGCAAUGAUAAUCUUCAUAUAUAUGUAUGCGACGCCAUUUGUUGUUGCCUGCUACACGGAGACGUGGGGUCGUUUUGUGCCCGAGGGCUAUUUGACCUCAUGCACAUUCGAUUAUCUGACGGAUAACUUCGAUACGCGCAUGUUUGUCGGCACGAUCUUCUUCUUCAGUUUCUUCUGUCCGACCUCAAUGAUCGUCUACUACUACAGCCAGAUUGUGGGCCAUGUGUUCAGUCAUGAGAAGGCUCUCAGGGCACAGGCCAAGAAGAUGAAUGUGGAAUCGUUGCGCUCGAAUGUCGACAAGAACAAGGAGACGGCUGAGAUUCGUAUCGCCAAGGCGGCCAUUACAAUUUGUUUCCUGUUCUUUGUGUCCUGGACACCGUAUGGCGUUAUGUCGCUAAUCGGUGCAUUCGGGGACAAGAGUCUUCUCACGCCAGGAGCCACAAUGAUACCGGCCUGCACCUGCAAAAUGGUCGCCUGCGUUGAUCCCUUUGUGUACGCCAUCAGUCAUCCCAGAUACCGCAUGGAGCUUCAGAAGCGUUGUCCCUGGCUCGCCAUCAGCGAAAAGGAUCCCGAAACUUCCACGGUGGCAUCCACGACAACAGCACAGGAACCACAGCAAACGACGGCGGCAUAGGAACUUCUUCGAAACUCUGCUUCUGAUACUGACGACCCGAACUCGAAAUCGAAAUUGAACUCGUAAUACUGAAUGCAUGGGAACUUCUAUAACAACAAACUCAACUAAAACCAACACAAGAAAUGUACUAACAAUUAUUUUUAUGAAUAUUAUGAUUUGUAGCGCUCUAUUUAAAUAAAUAGUGAUUUAAUGCAAGCAAUGGAAAGAACAAA